AUGCGACUUCUCGUAGAGGACUCUUGGAUCAAUGACUGCGCAAUCGAUCACUCCCUGUCCGAUAUCGAAGACUGCGCCAUCGCUAUCGAUGCCACGUACUGGUUGAUCCAGCUCCUAGACGACGAGGGCGCCGAAGAGCCUUUAUUGCCCGCCCUCGGCGGACUAGCCAACAUCGAAACGCAAAUCGGCUUGCAGCUUCAGCAUUUCGAGGACAAUAAAAUUAUCCCUCUUUUCGUAUUCGAUGGACAAGCUUUAGUGGGACAGGACGAAGUCGCCCUCAAGCGCAGCACUGCCACUCACAAGGCAACGGACGAGGCGUGGACUCUGUAUGCAAAAGGCCUACCCGUGGAAGCCGUCGACACAUUCCGACCAAGCAAUGGCGCAUGCAACGUACGCAACUUGUACCCGGCUCUUCAGAGGCAUCUCAAGGCCAGGGACUUGCACUUUCUAGUGGCGCCUUACAAUGCAUGCGCGCAACUGGCAUACUUCGAGAUGGUUGACUCCGACCAGUGUGCAGGCGUGAUGGGACCCCAGGAACUUCUCGCCUACCCAAUUCGAGACUCGGUCAUCCGUAAGAUCAACUGGGAAAGACAGAGGAUCUCUGCUGUAUCAAAGAAUCAACUCAAGCGAAGUUUGGGAGGCGUUAGCGAGGCCAUGUUUGUGGAUGCUCUUCUCAUGGCUGGAACCUCCUUCUUGGAGCCUUUUCCUCCAUUCUCAGAUGCUACGACAUACCCGCGCGGGUCCGAAACGAGGAUAUGCGAUGCGGUUAACAUUCUGCGCACCUCUGACAAAUCUGUCGCCAACGCCUGUGCUGCCUUUAGCGACCACCUGCAGUCGCAGGACGCGGAAUGGUUGUCAAAGUACCGAAUGGCACGCAUGGCGGUGCAUCACUUCAUCCACAUUACCGAAGAUGGCGAAGUGCGCGUAAACGAGUACGACAAACUUACCCAAGAUAACCACCAAUAUUUGGGGCUGCAACUUCCGGCGGAGCUCUUUCACUAUCUCAACACCGGGCUUAUCGGACCUCGUAACCUGAGCUGCAUAACGCACGGCCAAUUCAUGAUUCAGCCCACUCUGGACAGCAUGAUAACGGACGAAUACAAGAAGCUUGUCACCGAGGAGAUCGUCCCGAUCAGGGAGCAGACUCUAGGACUGAUUAUUCCCAGAGUUCACCGAGGUAUUGGACACAAGGCAGUCACCAUGCGCGCAUGGUUUGAUCCAAAGUUCACCCACAAUAUCAACCACAGUAAUUUGUCGCCUCCUCCGUCGCAAAAGGUUGGCACGUGGGAUGUCAAGGAAAAGGAUCUGCGCGCUCAUUUCCCUCCAGAGUACAAUGGCCCCAUAUUCUUGGAGAUCACCAGCCUCCUGAAUGAUGAAUUUGCGGCGAAAACAAUCGCCAAGACCAAGAACAUCACCGGCAUCGACAGCACGGACAUGGUCAUCUCUGUGACCAUCUGGCGCUUCCUCCACCUUCGCGGCUACAUUAACGAUCAGCACCGCGUAACGGAAUGGGGAAGAGCCCUUGCUCUCGCCCUUUUUGCCAUCCGCGACAGCAACGGCGACCAGCCUUCGCCAAAAUCAGAAGAGGCUAUCCUCCUUGCCUUUGAGCUCAUUAGACAUGGACUCCUGGGAGGAAAGCCUCGCACCUCUGCAGUCGGCUAUCCCCGCAAGGGGACAGAUGAGGAGAAGGCUAGCCUUGCGCUCGUAUCAGAGUGCGCUUCCCUUCUCAGGCUGAGCCAUCAGGAGUACGGGUACACUGGACCUCUGAACAGGGGCCUCCUGGCCUUCAGGGCCCUCUCAUCCACGGUUCGACAGGCUGAUCGCGAUCUUAUCGAAGCUAUCCUUGCAUCAAUGUUCAUGUACGGGCAAAGCAAACGCGAUCGGUCCGACCAAGUCGAGAUCAGCACCACCCUGCCCUUCUCUGAUGAGCCUGACAUUAGUCUUGGUAUUGCCGUGCGCACAUUUUUCGACGAUGAUGAAGGCGCAAAACCAUCCAAAGAGCAGCGCCUCGCCAGCAUUGAAGAGUUCGUCCCCGUGUACGCACCCUUUGCGCAAGAUCUGGCGCAGGACUUCCGCACCGUUGCGGCCUUUAUUGGAGCCAUCAACACCGGUAUUCAGUCACUAGAGGAGAUAAAAGUCGACAAGACUGCGUGGAGCAGAGCGCAAGCAUACAUGGAUGCCCGCCCGCUCUGA